UCCGUCUCCGGUGCCGCGCAUCCAGUGCGCCGGCAAAGCGUUUACCGAUCGCACGCGCGCAGCCGGGCUUCACGUCCAGCGACAACGGUACCGCGCGGUGAGUGUGCGAUCGUGUCGCGUUCUCACUCGGGACGCACGGCCGGGACCGCAACGGACAGAGCGACAUCCGAAGUUCGGGAAAGAUCGUGCGGGACCACGGACCGUCGUGGCCGGGGCGCCAUGAAGGAGACGACGGACGACUGUUGCGGCGGCGGCACGGUGUUCGGGUGUUUCCCGGACGUGAGUGGCAAGCGCAACAAAAAGCGGCUGGCGGAACCGGAGGCCAAACCGGAGGCGCAGCAGAACUCGCAGCACAGCCCGGGCGGUUCCGUGCAGGCGUUCUACCGGCAGAACCGCGGCAAGUCGUGCAGAAAGAUCAUGCGGUUCAACGGGUACCCGAACAAAGUUCUUCUUUACCCGGAAGAAGGAUGGGCAAGAAGUGCAGUAUCGAGCUAUUGGACCCUUACGCCCACCUGGUGGAAUUGCAGCAAAUGCAAAGUGGUCGAAGUAACAGGCACUAGAAAAUAUACGACAUUGGCUAAAAUGGUAGACACCGAUCCAGGCAGUCUGUUCAUCGUCGGUUCGUUUAAUAAACGUACUGAUCCGGAUUUCAAAUUAUAUCUUACGUCCAACGUGAGUACAGCCGACUUCAACAUGGGUUACAGUAUCACCGGUUCGUUGGAGUGUGGAUCAACGAAAAACAACAGUUUCCAAACAACACAUUUCGCCGUCAUCCGAAGAAGAGAUUUCGACACGAGUCGACCUUAACGUUAAUAAAUACUAAUAAUAAUAAUAAAUCGCACGUCAAAUAAGAAUAAUAAUAACAGAAAAAAAAACAAUUUUCUCGACCGAUAUGAUACGAGUACACCUGAGACGCAACAUUCAAUAACAAAUAAUAGUCGGAUGAUGAAAAUAAUAAUAUAAAUAAUAAUAAUAAUAAUAAUAAAAAUAAUAUAGUUUAACGUUGGUUGUAAAAACGCGAGAAAAAUAUAAACAUAAUGUUACAUUACCGCGAGUGGUUAUGAUCGCGCGCACAUUUUCAGAAACAUAAAAUAAUAAGACGAUGACAUUAUUUUUGUAGCAUAAAUGCAUAAUUUUUUUCAUUAUCAUAUAGUUACGGUAUAAUAAUAAUAUUAUUAUUAAACUUGUGUAGAUAACACUGAGAUUCGUAUUCACUGCCAAUUUUUGAACAAUUUUCCUUUUUUAUUUUAAUAUUAUGAUAAGACGUUUUGUAAAUACACAUCAUAUGAAAUAACAAUAUUGUUGUUACAGUAAGAGUCAGCACAAUCAGUUGUGAACGGUAAUCGUUCGCAUACAAUUUCAGCAAGAAACGUUAUUUUUCAAUGCCGAAACGUACAGGGAAUACGACGAGUCGACGAAAUUCCAGAAACUGUUUUACGAAACACUCGUGAAACGAGUUGAUUUAAGAAUUACUUUACAGUACGUUAUCGCAAUAUGAUUAUUUCAAAAUAAUAUACAGUGUUUGUUUAAAAAAAAAAAAAUAUUGAUUAAAAGAUAUUGUUCUAUCGAAAAACUAAUAAUUCGUUUUUGUUCAGUUACAAAUCUAACAAAAUCGGUACACUUUAUCCGUUUUCAUGGUCCUCCAGUGACAGAAAUCAUUUAGAACAUCGACAUUGACUUGCUUAUAUUUUACUUUUCGACACGAUUACGUCCCACGUUUAGACUUCUGUAAUAAUUUUGUAAUUUAAAUCAUCAAAAUUCUUUUUUGAUUUUUCUAUUUUGAGCUCUGAAAUUCCUGUUUGCAAUGUGAUAACAAUACGGACGCCCAAUAAAUAAAUAAUAUCAUCUGCUGAUUCCGCGAUGUAUAUAUUAGAUGAUUAUAUUUUCGGGCGUGUAAGUAAAGCAUUGUUCGCGGUGAUCCUUAGACGAAGACCGUAUUGUAUAAUAUACCUGUUAUUUUCAAUCCUCGAAAAUAACGAAAACUGAUUUUAUGUUGUUAUUCGCAUAUUAAACACGUGUGUUCGUUAACCUAUACGGCCAUUUGGUCGGAAUUAGUAGACGUGUCUGUUAACAUUAAAGCAGGAAAAAGUUUCAAAGUAAAGUUUAAAAAAAAAAAAAUAAAAAAAAUAAAAAAAA